GGUGGAUCGAACGGGCGGGGUGAGACUCUGAGGAAAACAAAAGAAAGUGAAGUGUGGACAAUUGUGUAAUCAGUGACGCAUCGAUCUUUAAUUGAUCGAUAAUUAAUCGAUGAAAAUGGAGAUACACAUGAAGUUGCCGUUUCAGACUAUAGUAGUGUUCUGUUUUGUUAUUCUUUCAUCAGCUAAGGAAGAUUACGAGAACAAAUUAACCAAGCUUUGGUCUUUGUCGAGUGCUUCGAACCGAGAUGGAUCGGCGAUAGUCAAUGUAACCAGCGCGUCUAUAGUAAUUCAACCUACGAGCUACAGCAGUAACCAAGUCCCACAGAGGCAAUCUAGGAUAACCAAGUACGCCUUCAAACCUCGCGCGAUUCCUUUAAGGAGAAGCGAGCAGCCUUCCCAAGUAGAAAGAAGCGUUUACUAUUCACAAGACAAUGUGAAUAAAUACAAAACAGAAACGCUUUUCCCCGGUAAUUAUUUUCCAAUUGCCCAAGAGAAAAGCAAUAAGAAUUUAACACAGGACUUUCCGUAUAAACCACUUGAUAGUGAACCAUUUCAUCCGAAAGCGAUACCGUUGAUCAGGAGUCAGGAAUUCCAGAGGAGAUCAUUAGACGUGGAUGAAGAACCAAUCAUUGAAAAGCCCGAAGGAUUUUCAGAAGCAACUGCAUCUAGGAGAUCGUUAUCAUACGUGCUGGGUCUUGGCGAUUCAGCCGAGAUAGAAGAAGAAGAUGAAGAUGAGGAUGACAUCUUAGAAGACGAAGCGGAACGUAAGAAAGGAGUUAAGAAGCCAAAGUAUAAAAAGAAGAAAUUAAAGAAAUACGUCCUUCCGUUGCUUUUGGCGUAUAAAAUGAAAUAUUUCGCUCUAGUACCAGUCAUGAUUGGAGGCCUAAUAUUGUUAAUAGGUGCAACUGGAUUGGCUGGAUUCUUCUUUGCUCUGUUUGCGGCCGUUAUGGGUUUACAGAAAGGGGGAUAUUAAAUCAUUGAAUAAUUAAAUAAAGUCGACGUACUCAUAGUUGCCAUCAGUACUAAGUUAAUUAUUAAAUUAUCUGGAAUCUACGACGUAUCCUACUUAUCUGUCUAUUCUUUCGAUUACCACCGAACGGCUAGCUGACAAUAUAACUGUGUUGUUUUUUCUGGAUUAUUGAACUUCUACUUCAUUGGGAUCUUUUUUUUUUUUGUUCUACUUUUGUGUGAAAAUUUAUGACGUCUCCUAUUUUUAAGUGCUCGCGCGAUUGUAAAUAUAUUUGUACCAAAUAAAUAAAUUAGUGUAAGUUAUUUAUUAACUAAUUUAUUGUUAGUCAAGAUGAAUAUAUAAAUUAGAAAAAUAAUGUAGUUACCAAUAAAUAUGAUAUUGUAGACGAAAUCUGUAUUAUUUUGUAAGUUAAUAAUGACGCUGAUAAAAAAAACUGACACGAUUAAAUACACAUGCUUUGAUUAUGUCUUUUAUUGACAAAUGUAUACUAUUUACCAUAUAUAUCAUAAUCA